AUGGAUCACACCUUGACCUACACUUUUGCCGAAGGCAGUCUGGGGUGUUGUAUCCUUGCUGUUGAUGAACGGACCAACAACUUCGUUUACGUCAACUUAAGGAAGGACACAACAGAACUGCUUGACCGUAUGGCAAAGACCUUCGCUAUUCAGUCUCGCCGCCUUAAAAUUCAUUACAUACUCAAAGAAGACCUUGGCAACAAGCUUAUCCAUCAAAAAGCCACAAUCGAGAGCCUGCUUGACGGUAAGAAAGUGAAGAAAGUAGAUUUUCAGUACUUAUAUGGCACUGAAUUUCAAAGAAAGGUAUGGGAUGAAUUAAAUAAAGUUCCAUGGGGAUGCACCACUACAUAUCAAAGGGUAGCCAAAAAUAUUGGGACGCCACACUCAUAUCGCGCUGUUGCAAAUGCUUGUGGGGCAAAUCCAUUACCUCUGAUCAUUCCCUGUCACCGAGUCUUGGCAUCAAAUGGAACGCUUGGCGGGUUCGCUUGCGGCCUCGAUUUGAAGCAACAGCUCCUAGCAAGCGAAGAGACUUUUUUGAAAAAAAGCUCUUCCGGUGUCACGUCUCCAUCUGGGUGUGAAAGGGAGUGA